CCCAAUUCGCCGCCAGGCCAGGGUAAAAAAAAAAAAGAGGAAGAAAACCUCCUGCAAUUCCCAUUCCAUCGAUCCAGCUCCGGUCCAAGCCAAAGCUUUCUUCGCCCCAAACCUUGUUCAACUCCAAUGUCGGACUUCUUCUUCGGGAGCCCGUUCCGCCGCCUCUUCCACGCGCGCCCCUUCCAUGCCGUCGACUGGUCCUCCGCCGCGGCGGCGGCCAUGGACUGGGUGGAGACCCCGUCCUCCCACGUGCUGCGCGUCAACGUGCCGGGACUCGGCAAGGACGACGUCAAGGUCCAGGUCGACGAGGGCAAAGUGCUCACCAUCAGGGGCGCCCCGCCCGCGGCCAAGGAGAAGGGGAAGGAGGACGAGGAGGAGGGGACGGUGUGGCACGUGGCGGAGCGCGGCAAGCCGGAGUUCGCGCGGGCCGUGGCGCUGCCGGAGAACGUGCGCGUGGACGGGAUCAGGGCCGGCUUGGAGAACGGGGUUCUCACCGUCGUUGUGCCCAAGGAAGUCGCCCCGGCCCGGCCCAAGCCCAGGUCCAUCGCCGUCUCCAGCAAGCUCUGAUGAGUCUGAGGCGAUGAGUGGCAGAGUGUACGGUGCAGUGUUAAACCAUGCCGCAAAUGGCGGGUACGUCUGAAUUCUGGUCGUGUGUGUGUCCGUGUCACCUAGAAAACGCGCACCUCGUGUAAAUUGUGAUACAAUUUCAUGCAAGUAAUCCGAGUGAGUGAAAAUGGCUGCUAGCCAAAAACGGUCGAUUCUGAAUAUGCAGUUUGCAAUAAACUAAAUUAAAAGGAAAAGGCAUGUUUGAAU